CUGUUCUGGUGCCUUUUGGCGGUCUUUUUAUGCAGAGGUGUUGGCCCCUUUGGUCCAGAUAUGGUCCGCAAGUAUACUAGUGCUAGAUUUGGUUCAUAUUCAACUGGCCAAGUUUUGAAUGAAGAGGAGUCCAAAUUACUGUCAGAAUAUGUGUACCACACAUUGGCGGCCAAAGCCAGUGGAGAGCUGUGUUUAAAAUAUAUAUUUGCAUUUGGAGCAUUUACUCGGGUGCCUCUUUUAGAAAGUGCAUCCGAAUGGAAAGUGCCAACGACAUUUAUAUAUGGCUACGAAGAUUGGAUGUCUUACGAAGGGGCCCAAGAUGCUCGCAAGCAUAUGAAGGUCCCUUGUGAAAUUAUAAGGGUCCCUUAGGUUUCUCUCUCUCUCU